AAGAGAGAUGAAGGCAUGGAGGGAUCCACCCUAGCCGCAGACCGACAGACCCCAAGCAACCCGCAACCAGACUGAAGACCGACAUGGCCCGGAUCGGCGUCGCCCUGCUCGCGCUCCUGGUGGCCGCCGCGGCGGUGGCGUGCCUGCCGGCCCCGGCCUCCGCGGGCGAGCAGGACUCCAUGCUGCUGACGCGCGCGGCGACCUGCGACGGCGCCGUCGGGGAGUGCGGCGUGGACGAGGACGAGGAGAUGGGCACGGGCGCCUACGGCACCGGCGAGGCCCUGCGCCGGUCGCUGGCGCGCAAGCCGACGGCCAGGUACAUCAGCUACGCGGCCCUGCGCGCCGACCAGGUCCCCUGCAACAAGCGCGACAAGUCCUACUACACCAACUGCGGCUCGAUGCAGCAGGCCAACCCCUACACGCGCGGCUGCUCCGCCAUCACGCGCUGCGCGCGCAACAUGAACUGAUUCGUCCUCCGUAUGCCCGCCUCUGCUGCCCCGUCGAUCUCGCGCGCGUACGGAGCGGAGAGGAGUGUCACCGUGUGAGCGCCUAAUUAAGCACUGUGUGCGUUUGUGCUGCUUCAACAUUGAUCCAACAAAAUUAACGACUGUUAUUGUAUUUGUUUGUGAGUAGAUUUUGUGUAUCCAACGUGUUCCUGCUACUGCCAUGUGUACGCCAAUUUAUUCGUUUUGAAAAAUGUUUGUGUAUUUGAAGAAGAACAGGAUUUUUAUUUUA